CACAGUAAUCUUUACAAAAUGGCGACUGUUGUUGUUUUGCCGCAGGGUCAGUGAAUAAAUCCGUUUUUCAUUUCAGUAAUUUUCUGCACCCACUCGCAGAAACAGCACUAAAAACCCCAGGCGUCCCAAGAGUCGGCUCCGUGUGGACUGAGAUGAAAGGUAAAGAGCGGUCGCCGAUUAAAAAACGCUCCCGGGCCUUGGACGAUAUUCGAGACAGGGGAGGAUGCCACCCGACCAGCAAGAAAAUGGGGGCUCUUUCUGUUUCCAGUGGGAGUAAUAAUGGAAAUAGCUCGACCAAAGGCGACGGUGGCUCGACGAGAAGGAGUCUGCUCGGCGAUAAAAGAGACAGAGAUUUCGACGGGCACGGCCGGACAGGAAAUAAUCACAGUUGUCAGUCUGCUGCCGCGAGCUCCGUCGGUAAAAACCACAACCUGAGCCUGACGCUGGAUCUAGCCUCACCAAGGACCACUUCACGGGGGGAGCCGCGGGUGCAGCCGCCCAGCACCGAGAGUGAGUACAAAACCCUCAAAAUAAGCGACCUCGGCACCCAGCUGAGCGACGAAGACAUUGAGGAUGGACUCUUUCAUGAAUUUAAAAAAUUCGGGGAUGUGAGCGUAAAGAUAAGCCGUAGCAACGACGAACGGAUAGCGUUUGUGAAUUUCAGGAAGCCGGAGGACGCCAGAGCUGCUAAACACGCGAGGGGACGGCUGGUGCUGUACGACCGGCCGCUAAAGAUCGAGGCAGUGUACAUCAACAGGAGGAGAAGCCGCUCCCCUGUGGAGAGAGACUUGUACGGUGCAGCGCAAAGCCAUAGACAUUUGCAGAGACCUCUCUCGCCCACCGGGCUUGGAUACAGAGACUACCGGCUGCAGCAGCUGGCCCUGGGACGGCUCCCCCCGCCCCCGCCGCCCCCUCUGCCUAGGGAACUGGAGCGGGACAGAGAGUUUGCACUGUUUGAAGCCAGGGCACGUCCUGCUUUCAUUGCAGAGCGAGCAGCUUUUCGUGAGGAGGAUUUUAUAUCUCCAGAAGAUGACCAAAGAGCUAAUAGGACGUUAUUUUUAGGCAACCUGGACAUAACUGUUACAGAAGCAGACCUGAGGAGAGCCUUUGACAGGUUUGGGGUCAUAACGGAAGUGGACAUUAAGAGACCCACACGGGGACAAACCAGCACAUAUGGAUUUCUGAAAUUUGAGAAUCUUGACAUGGCCCACCGUGCUAAGCUUAGUAUGUCUGGCAAAAUAGUAGGCCACAACCCUAUAAAGAUAGGCUAUGGGAAAGCAACUCCCACCACACGCCUGUGGGUGGGUGGACUUGGACCCUGGGUUCCUGUGGCUGCCCUGGCAAGAGAGUUUGAUCGCUUUGGCACAAUAAGGACCAUUGACUAUAGAAAGGGGGACACUUGGGCCUACAUUCAAUAUGAAAGUUUGGACGCUGCACAAGCAGCAUGCACACACAUGAGGGGCUUCCCGCUGGGAGGUCCUGAGAGGAGACUCAGGGUGGACUUUGCUGACACAGAGCAUCGCUACCAGCAGCAGUUCCUGCAGCCUCUCCCAAUACCACCGUUUGACAUGGUGGCGGAGUCAUUUGUCCACCGUGCCACACCUGAACCUCUGAGGGUCAGGGAACGGACUCCACCGCCGCUUCACUUUAGGGAGAGAGAGCUGUUUCCUGGAACUGAGUGGCCCAACCCAGCUAUUCGUGAGCGGGUACGCGCCUCACCCUUUGAACCCCUUGAGCACUUGGAGCGUGAACGGCGAGUCAGAGAGCCCUGGUCUUUGGAACGAGAGCUUCAGGGACGAGAACCUGCUCGCAAACGCCGUUUAAUGGAAGACGGACGCCACAUAGACCACUCUCCUGACAGCACUGAGAGGACAGUACGGCGUAGACGUGCUUCUCCAGAUGGCAGUCCUGGAGGUAGCAGCAGAGAUGGAGGGCGCUUCAGUGACUCAGAGCGCCCUCUUCGGGGCGAGAGACCCUCUCCUGUACGAGAACGCCACAGCAGCCUGGAAAGAGGUGGGGCUGAACGUAGACUUAAAAGCCAGAGUCUCUCUGACAAGGGACCUUCAAGCAGUGGCGUUUCAGCAGUUGGAGAGCGAAAGCGCAAAGCAGGCGAUGGUGGUAAGGGGCCGGCCAAGAGAGAGCGUUCUGAGGGCAGUUCCAAGGGAGGCCCUCCGUCCAAACAAGACGGCACCAAACUAAGUCUGGCCUGGCAAGGUAUGCUGCUGCUCAAGAACAGCAACUUCCCAGCCAACAUGCACCUGCUGGAGGGCGACCACAACGUAGCCAGCGACCUGCUUGUCGAGGGCACAACAGGGAGGCAGGUGAGCGAGCUAAAGAUCACCCAGCGUCUUCGUCUGGACCAGCCCAAGCUUGACGAGGUGUCUCGGCGCAUCAAGGUGGCGGGUCCUGGUGGCUACGCCAUCCUGCUGGCAGUACCUGGGACCACAGAGGAUUCAUCUGCGUCUGACCCUGCAGCUUCAACUCAGCGGCCGCUUCGCAACCUGGUGUCCUACCUCAACCAAAAACAAGCAGCUGGAGUCAUCAGCCUACCUGUGGGAGGGAGCAGAGAUAAAGACAACACAGGGGUGCUUCAUGCUUUCCCACCCUGUGAUUUCUCCCAGCAGUUCCUGGAUUCUUCUGCCAAAGCUCUGGCUAAAAGUGAAGAGGACUAUCUGGUCAUGAUUGUGGUCCGUGGAGCAUCUUAAAAAAAAUCAGAACACACUAAGUUCAAAUGGUGUUUAACAAAAAAAAAAAAAAAAAAAAAAAGAAUCUGCUGUAUGUCAGUAACUAUUGCAUGCUGUGUGUUCUGCAUUAUGGGGUACACUAGUAUGGUUCUUGAGUGUUUGUAUGUUGCCAUGUAAUCCACUAAAAGGACAAACAGUGCCCUCGUUCAAAACUAAAAGGAUGUGUGUUUUUGAAAUCAUUUUUAAAGGGUGUGUGAAUUGCUCACAGAGUCAUAAACCUGCAGUAAUUCAGACAGAAUACAGUAAAACAGUUAAAUAUGAGCAUAGGAGCAUUUGAUGAAUAAAUUUCAUUUAAGAAGAGCUAAGUCACAUAGAAAACAAAUGUUUGUUUCAUUUACAGGUUUAAAAUCUUAAUUACCCAACUCUACUGCAAGAAAAGAGCCAGAUCAUUUAGAAAUGCAUUGAGUAGACACAAUAACACCUGCACUACAAUAAAAACACAAACAAUGGCCUCACAAGCCACACCUCCCUGACGCAGUGUUAACAAAAGCUGAAAAGUUACAAGCUUUACAAAGGUCAUUUUUCUGUCUGGGCUGUUAUACUGCGCUGCCUUAGAUUGUAUAGGUGUUAUUGUGUCUACCUCCUGUGGAGGCAUUAACAUGAGGGGGAUCAGAAAACAUCCUUUUUCAAAGCUUUGGAUUACGGUGCAAUAAUAUUUUUACUAUAAUCACUUUUGAUGGAGAUGGAGACGAAGAUGAGCAUGACAUUUUUGCAUUGAGGGUUAAGGUGUAGUGUAUGGUUUGGUACAAAGCUAAUCAGGAAAAAGACUCCUGGUAACAUUUUGAAGGUCAAAACAUGUCGUAUAGCUUUUCUCCAGCUCAUCACACGCCAAUCACUUGAUGUUUUCAUCUGUCUUGCUUUAAUCAGUUAACCACCCUGAUCAAAACAAGACAGCUUAAAAGAGGCUUAAAAUUUUUGGUGAAUGGAGCGUGUUGUACUGAAGAAGAGGUAUGCGACAUGUUUUAAUUUUGAUGGGCUCACACUGGCCUACCUGUGUGUGUUCUCAAAGUUGGACAAUGUUUAAAAGGUCACUGUAUAAAAUGUCUCCAGACACAGCUCACACAUUUCAGUCACCUAUGUUGUGACUUUUGUUUGAAAAAAAGACAUGUUCAGGCUCAUGGUUUGGAUUUUGACAUAUCUCUAAUCAUGUGUCCCUCAAUAUUGGAACACCAAAAUGCAAGAUAGACAAUGAACUGUGUCCACUGGUAAAACUAAAUGUCAACUUAAUGUGGAAUGCCGAAUACUAACAGAUGUGAGAUUUUUGCCCAGGGAACAGCCCGUAACACAAUACGCAUAGCAUAGUAAGCAAAUACUAACAUGUUUUUCAUAUUUUUUACUUCAUAUUUUAUUUUGUGCAUCCCUACCUUAGAAAUGGUUGUGUAACGUGAUCUAUGAAAAACUACAGCAGUAAUGGAUAAAAACGCUUAGAGAGUUUUGUGUUGUUUGAUUUAUUGCUCUGAAACCAGUAGGCCCUCCAAGAUUGAUAAUAUUCAGUUCAGUAAAAUGUUGGUACAAAGUAAGUAAAACCUGCUAUUUGUUCAGUAAGUAGGUCUGUGUCAUUUUAAAGUUUUAGAAAUACUUUAACAGUUUAUAACAGUUUAUGUUUGAAUCAGAAUUUUAGAGGUCUAAAUUGGACAGUACUUUCUCACGCCUGCUGACAUGUUACCAAGGCCUACUUACCAUAUUUUGUUUUGCCAUUGUAUGUUUGUCAUGCAAUAGUAACCCACCCCGAAUUAUAAUUUGCUGAGUUUGGUUUAUUCUGUAUUGAAAACAUUAAUAUGUCAGAAAACUGUUAUAUAUGUGAACAUCACACCCACUUCAACGCUGGACUCUCGAGGAGACGAGCGCAGGGCUGAAAAACCUCUGCAGAGAAGGUGUUUGUGAGUCCUCGCUAAUGAGGCAACUUUUAAGUUGUGUAUCCCAUCUGCACCUGUGCUGACUUCUGUUUUAAGUGGAAAAUUGAGCAAUGUACACUUUGAUGUCAUGGGAAAGGAAAAUCCGUAGAGCCCAUGCGAAGCUGUUCACAUACCUGCAAGUGCGUUUGGGCACUUAAUGUGACCGAUUAUCAAUAAAUUGUUCAUUUGAAGGGAAA